GAAAUGCCACCGCAGAAUCUAGACAGCUGCAAGGCGGACUCCGCCUGCCUAAUAGGAGUCGAUCGUUGUCUGCGCCCGAUGGAGCUGCCCGCUGCGCUGAACCGCGGAUUGGCAGAAUUGACUCAUCGACGAUGUGGUUGAAGGUAGGAACAAGGCUUUGAGGCCAGGGUUGAAGGGCAAAGCGCGUUUUGGGAUAGAUGAUGGGAUUGAGUUGGAGGUCUGAGUGAAAAUGCGCAGACUGAAGGCAAGCAGUGCCAGUUGCAUCAGUGCUGAUGGAGAAGGCGCCUCACUUGACCUCACCUCACUUCCCUGCGCCUCUACCUCCACUGUAUUCUGCAUCUAUUUCUUAGCAUCAGUGACAGACAAGACUCUCGAUGCGCAUUCUUAUCACCGUCAAAGCUCAGGACGAUCUCCUGCGCACCACCGUCUCUGUCAUGGACGCUGAUAUUGAGCCAGAGGACGGUCAGGCGCUGCAUGAGCUACAACAUGAACAAACACCUCCUGAGGACGAUACAACCGAAGCAGCGGCCAAGGCUGUUAUGGUCGCUGAUCGUUCCACUGCUCAGUGGUGUGGAAACCUAUCGACCGAAUCCUGCUCAUUCAGACAUUUUCUUACGCCGAAUACAAUCCACAUCACCGUCCAGCUCCUCUCUGUCUUAGCAUUCUGCGCUCUGCUUUUGCCUUACCUGCAAUACACUCGCGCCAAGAAGGCGGUUGUGUGUGAUGCAUGCAAGCAGAAUGCUUGGUCACAGUACGAGAGCAAGCUUGCUCAAUGCGACGCUGAGGGGGCGACACAAUUCGGUUUCCGCGGUAGAGCCCUCGGGUUGAAUUGGAUGGAGUAUGGGACGAUUUUACUUGCUGCGACAGCAUGGCAGUAUGUGGUGUGGCACUUCCAAGGCUGGAUUAUCGUGAGAGUAUGCUUCGUCAAGACUGCGAGCGAAAGUUAUUAGCAGCGAUUGUCCAUACCAAGGCAACGUCACGAGUCAACAGCGAAGGGGCACCCGGUGAUGGUGUCAGAAUUAUGCUGAACAAUGAGACCUUUGCAACGCCAAUUUCAAGCUCUCUUCCAAGAGCCCGCUACCUCCGCAAACAUUGCUUGUCCCCUGGCCGAACUUCUGCUUUAUUUCGCCGUACCAUACACCGUUUUCUUCAUUGCUCAAAACUUGACCAUCAAGCAACACAUAAGCGGGUUCCUGACCCGGUUCCCGUAUGGCCGCGCCGUUGGCACCAGUAUCGGCUAUAUUUGCGGCCGCCGAAUAGACCAGCUUCUUGGUUUCCCUUCUCGGGCUCUGAAGACCGCUUGGAGUGACAAGCAAGAGCUCUGGAUCAUCUCCCGAGGAUGGAUUCAAUGGUGCCCACGUCUUUCUUGUGUCGGGAGACGCCAAUGCGGUGUCCAGCACCUGGGUAUUGAGAGCCAUUCCCGGCGAACGCAAGAACAAUGCCUGAUCAUAAUCCCACCGCCCCCACUGCAGCUCCCCGAGUAAUUGCGACCUGACGUCCCAUGCUUCGUAUAUCCUUACUGGGUGAUAGAUGAGGCUGUGCAGCUCCUGGAUCUCGCGC